GGCAUUCUAUUGUCUUCUCUGUCACAACAGUAACGUAUUUGUCUCUGGUGUCCAUUAUCAUGCUCUUUGUCUAUUGACGAUAGUUCAAAUAUUGCUAUCUAUCGAAUCUGUCUAGAAUUCUAUUUAGCAAAAUAAAUCAUGUACUGUCAUCCAUCGGAUUUUUCGGGUUUAUUCUUUUAGUUCCAGUUGGAGUUGAGAGAUGACAAGACAAGAUGCAUGCAGAACAGGAAACUAUAAUUAUUUAUUUUAAUUUAUAUAUAAGAAGGUCGUCUUUAUGACGACCGUUUACUUUGGUCGAUUCUUAACAACUGAGAAUACAAUAUCACUGUAAAAUUCGCUUUUUUAAAUACUCGCGCCGCCACGGGUUCAUAAAUGGACUAAAUUUCCAUUUGUAAAAAAAAACUAAUUAAUAGGAUUAAUUGUUGCUAUUGUUUCUUCCUGAGUUAGGAGGAAUUUUUGCUAUUGUUUCUUCCUGAAUUAGAUCAUCAAUUUGUCUAUUAUCCUUUUUUUUAAUCUAGGAAAUUCAUACAUAAAGAGUUAGAGAUAUUCUGGUCAAUAGAUCGAAGCACUCUCUUUAGCUCAAAUAUGUAAUAUCUAAUUGUUCGCAAGCUACAUAUUCGAAAAUUGUAGUUUUUGCGAAUCUUUAUUUUGCUGAAUAUAGAUAGAUAACGUCGUAUGUUGUAUGUGAUACGAAAAAGAUAAGAGGGCCUCUAUAAAUCGCAUAAAAUAUUGCACACGAGGUCUAUUUUGUCUGUAGUCAGUGGCGCAACUGAAUUUAUUUACAUACAAUAUAUUUCUUAGAAUAACAAUGUUGUUAAUUGUCCCGAUUGAAAUAACAAACUCUGCAUAAUUUUAUUUUGCAAUGACCUUUGAUCUAAAUGUCAAAUCAUAAAUACAGAUAAAUUCUCUUUUUUCUCGAACAAAUGCAUUGUCCCAGUUAUAAACCUGGACAGAUUAUCAGUCAGAAGUAAUCGUUUAAACUGUGAUCAUCAGCAUGAAUUGUUUAAUAGAGGACACGGAACAGCUCAUUAGCAAUGAUAUGUUAUUAUGCACUGCACCAAGUCCUUCAUCUAUUCAUAAUUCUCAAAACACUCGAUCAGGAACCAGUGUAUUAAGUACAAUCUUUUUAAUUGUGAAUGCCACUUUAGGAGCUGGUCUUUUAAAUUUUCCUCAAGCAUUCGAUAAAGCUGGAGGAUUGUUCACUUCUGUUACUAUGCAGUUUAUAGCAUUGAUCUUCAUUACUGCUGCACUUGUAAUUCUAGCCAGUUGCAGUGAUGUUGCGAAUAGCUCUACUAUGCAAGAUAUGUUCGCUAAUUUUUGUGGGCAAAAGUCACAUUUCCUAUGUGCCUUUUGUAUCAUGAUAUACAGCUUUGGAUGUUGCUUGACAUUUUUGAUAGUUGUUGGCGAUCAGUUCGAUAGAGUUCUGGUAACAUACUAUGGACUUGAUUAUUGUCAUACAUGGUACAUGUCUAGACCAUUUGUCACAACUGUAACAUGUAGUUUAUUUAUACUUCCUCUGUGUUUUUUUAAAAAAUUGGAUGUUCUCAGUUAUGCCAGUUCCGUUGGUUGUGUAACUAUUUUAUACAUUAUAACAUUGAUAGUCUAUAAAUAUUUUACAAAUACUGAACCACCCAUUAAUUCCAUGAAGAUAUGGCCAGACAAUGAAUAUGAGGCACUUCAAAUAAUUCCAAUAAUUUGUUUUGCAUACCAGAGUCACAUGACAGCAAUACCAAUGUACGCUUGUAUGAAAGAACGUAAACUUAGAAAAUUUACAUUAUGUGCCAUAGUAAGCAUGAUUAUUUGUUUUACUGCCUAUACAGCAGUUGGUAUUUUUGGAUAUGCGACAUUUGGUGCUGGGAAAGUGCCCAGUGAUAUUCUUCAAGGCUAUACAGAGAAAAGCAUAAUUCUGACUUUGGGCAUUAUCUUCAUAGCAAUCAAAAAUUUUACUACAUAUCCGAUUGUCUUAUAUUGUGGUCGUGAUGCUUUUCUAAGUCUUUUGGGAAUGGACAAUAAUUGUAUUAAAUUUAGAGUUUUUGUUACAUUGAUCUGGUACAUACUAUCUUUAAUAAUUGCGGUACUGGUACCAGAUAUUUCGCCAGUUAUUAAUCUGUUGGGAGCACUGUCGGCAGCUUUCAUUUUUAUCUUUCCGGGCAUAUGUCUAUUCCAGUGUAUAAUUUUGAAAGAUUCAGAAUUACAUUUAAACAAAGAUCGACUACUAGUUUUUUUUGCAAUUUUUAUCACUGCACUUGGUGCAUUUAUAUUUGGUGUUGUAUUUAUAGAAGCAAUAGAGGAUUUAAGUGUGAAGCCUAACAAAACUUCAUUAAUAACUGGUUUUAGACAGUUGAAAGAAAAUUUAUGUACUUAAUAUUAAUUUGAAUGUUAUAAAAAAGAAGAAAUUUUCACUUAAGAAAAUUUUUCGUAAAUCAUCGAUAAGCAAAAGAAUAUAACUUUUAUGAAUGGCCUUACAAUAACUCGCUCAUUAUAUCCUGUGAUCUACAACUGUUGUGAUUUAGAUAAAUAUUUUAAUAAUCAUAUUCUGAUACAUUCUUUUAAUUGUAAUAGGAAAUUGAUAAAGACUGAUGCAUAUACAAAUUUAAUAUUAUGUUUGUUAUAUUAUGGCAGGAAAUCUGUAUAAAGACUAAAAUUUAUAAUCUUUUAUUUUUAUACUGCAUUUAUAAACUU